CCCAAAUUCUGGCCCACCUGAUAUAAUGGAGUUAUAGAGGAAGAGGAGUGAAAUCAAAGGAGGAGCGAAAGAUGAUGAGAGGUGUAGGAGGGCCUCUUCUAUGCAUAGGCGAUCUGCUGAGCGAUGUAGGAGAAUCAGAUGCUUCACCACCACCACCACCACCACCACCACAACAACAACAUGAACCCUCUUCAUCUUCUCCUAUUUCCAGCUCCACUGAAAGCUUGGACCUCACCAAGUUAUUCCAGGAGAACUAUGAGCAGUUGAACGAGGCGCUUGUGGGUACAGACCACUCAUGGGCAGCUCUUACUUUGAAGUUAUGCAGUGCUCUGGAUACUGCGAACAAGUUAGUUCAGUCAACAAACUCAAAUGUCAUGUCGUUGUCGGAGAAGGUUGGAGAGCUUGAGGGAGUUGUCAAGAGGGCAGAUUCUGCCAUAGCAGCAGCAAGGGUCGUCCAUGGCUCACUAAACAAAACAGAGGGAAAACUUAUCGGCAAUGAAAAUGUCAAAUGAUCUAUGUCUCCUAAAAAACAAGGUUAGUUUGUUUAAGGGAAAAGAAAUGAACAUACCAACUCUUAAAAAUUGUGAGGCUCCCUUUAAUGUAAGAACUUAAAAGUUUCUCAAUUAAUGUAAAAGAUAUUAGAUCAAGAUUCAAAGUCUUAUUGUCGCAUGAGUGUAGGCUGCUUCUCCUUUUAAAAAUCUUCCUCUGUCUUUAGUUAUAAAAUACCCCUUGUGACUGAGGAUGCUAAAUGCCAUAUCAAGAACUGUAACUGUAAGCAUGUUUAACAUAAUAAACUUUUGAUAGUUUUUUCA